GAUCUCUCCUGGUGUGUCUGAAGAUAGCUACUGUAUACUUAUAUAUAAUAAGUACUUCUUAGUAAGUCCAGACAUUUCUAUAAUCCAUGAAUCUCCUAAGUGACUUUACCCUCAGGAAAAUGCAUGCAAUUUUUAUCUACCUUUGGACACUGCUAUUUUAGGAUCCUGUAUGAGAGCAUCUCCUUGGUUUCUCUAUUUCAUGUGUAUUUACACUAAGGAGAAAUUGUGGCUAUGUAGCAGUUUGUAAUAUGUUCAUCAAGUUUGUCUUCUGAGAAUAGAGCAUUUUCUAUUUGAUUCUAUGAGGGUAUGUUGAAAGCUCUUCAUCUAGAAAAACAACAAGUGUUUUUCCCAAUUAUCCAGCAUUUUUAGAUGCAGGGAGUCAAUUACUGUAUAUUUCCAUUUAAGUUCUUCUUUAUGGAUUUUAAAAUAAUAUAAACUUAUAUUCUUUGUGCCACAUUCAAACAGUUAAAAUAUUGUAGUGCUUUACUUAGAUAUUUCCAUAUCCAGUCUGAGGCUGCUUUAUCACUGUGAGCUGCUCCAGGUUAAGAAACCUGUUUCUAUAUAACCUAUAGCCCUAUAGUGAGGGGCUGUGUGAAUGAAGAGUGGCAAUUUAAUGAUUUUUGAAUGUGACUCAGUGGACAAUUGUGUUUCUAUAAAGCAGUUUCACCGGUUCUAUGGUAUGGACAGUGCUAGCAAUUAAAUUGCCAUUUAUUUGUAAAUGAAAACUGUGCAUUUUGUGAUUCCCCACAAUGGAAGAGGAAGACUGUUAGAAGGGGCCUCAUUAAUAUUAAUAAUCAUCUUAAACUAGAAGCAGAAUAAUUGACUGAUAAUGAAUUAAGCUUAGUCUCAACAAGAACAAGGUCAAGUUUGUCAGUUAAUGAUUUUCUCUUAAUCUAGGCUAGCAUAAAUAUUUUAACUUCUUGAUGGUAUCCUAUUAAGUUGUAAAUAGGCAUAUAAGAAGAUAUUUUAUAUUUAAUAAUUUUGAUUUUCAUGUGUCAAUAUCCUGUAAUUCCUAAAGAACAUUGUUGAUGUGAAAGCAUGCAUCCUAAAAGAAUAGAGUUAAUUUCAAGACCAAAUAAAAAGUAAACUCUCUUCUCUGCAUUGCAGGGAGAAUCGGGAAGAAAAUUCCAUAUAAUACCUAAGAAGAUCCAAAAUAUUUUUAGAAAAUCUGGAGUUUAUGUGUCUUCUCGGGUAGACCCAAUUCUUGAAGUAUGGGAAGAAAAUACAUCUGCAACAGUAAUCCCCACUGAUGAUGAAAAAUAUAAAACAGAUAAUUUCUAUGCGGUGUCUUCUGAGCAUAGAAAUUCUAUUCCUAAGGCUACUGCUGAUCGUGAAGCUUCCACCUCUACUGCUGACAGCCUGGAUGCUGCCGAGCCUGACCCAACAAAUUCUACAAAUGCUACUGACUGUCUGGCUGCUCUUGAGCGUGAGCUGACUAAUUCCAACAACACUGCUGACUGUCUGGCUGACCUUGAGCCUGAUCCGACGAUUUCUACCAAUGCCGCUGACUUUCAGGCUGCUGUUGCACCAGAGCCAACUAUGUCCACCCACCCUGCUGACUGUCUGCCUGAUGUGGAACCAGAGCCAACUAUGUCCACCCACCCUGCUGACACUCUGGCUGCUCUUGAGCCUGAGCUGACUACUUUCAACAACACUGCUGACUGUCUGGCUGACCUUGAGCCUGAGCCAAACAUGUCCACCCACCCUGCUGACAGUCUGCCUGAUGUGGAACCAGAGCCAACUAUGUCCAAUCACCCUGCAGACACUCUGGCUGCUCUUGAGCCUGAACUGACUAAUUCCAACAACACUGCUGACUGUCUGGCUGACCUUGAGCCUGAUCCGACGAUUUCUACCAAUGCCGCUGACUUUCAGGCUGCUGUUGCACCAGAGCCAACUAUGUCCACCCACCCUGCUGACUGUCUGCCUGAUGUGGAACCAGAGCCAACUAUGUCCACCCACCCUGCUGACACUCUGGCUGCUCUUGAGCCUGAGCUGACUACUUUCAACAACACUGCUGACUGUCUGGCUGACCUUGAGCCUGAGCCAAACAUGUCCACCCACCCUGCUGACAGUCUGCCUGAUGUGGAACCAGAGCCAACUAUGUCCACCCACCCUGCUGACACUCUGGCUGCUCUUGAGCCUGAGCUGACCAAUUUCAACAACACUGCUGACUGUCUGGCUGACCUUGAGCCUGAUCCGACUAUUUCUACCAAUGCCGCUGACUUUCAGGCUGCUGUUGCACCAGAGCCAACUAUGUCCACCUACCCUGCUGACUGUCUGCCAGAUGUGGAACCAGAGCCAACUAUGUCCACCCACCCUGCUGACACUCUGGCUGAUCUUGAGCCUGAGCUGACUAAUUCCAACAACACUGCUGACUGUCUGGCUGACCUUGAGCCUGAUCCGACGAUUUCUACCAAUGCCGCUGACUUUCAGGCUGCUGUUGCACCAGAGCCUGCUAUGUCCACCUACCCUGCUGACUGUCUGCCAGAUGUGGAACCAGAGCCAACUAUGUCCACCCACCCUGCUGACACUCUGGCUGCUCUUGAGCCUGAGCUGACUAAUUCCAACAACACUGCUGACUGUCUGGCUGACCUUGAGCCUGAUCCAACGAUUUCUACCAAUGCCGCUGACUUUCAGGCUGCUGUUGCACCAGAGCCUGCUAUGUCCACCAACCCUGCUGACAGUAUGGCAGCUGUUGAGCCUGAGCCGACUAUGUCCACCCACCCUGCUGACAUUCUGACUGCUGAUGAGCCUGAACAUAAUAAUUCUACCAAAGCUGCUGACUGUCUGGCUGACCUUGAGCCUGAGCCAAACAUGUCCACCCACCCUGCUGACAGUCUGCCUGAUGUGGAACCAGAGCCAACUAUGUCCACCCACCCUGCUGACACUCUGGCUGCUCUUGAGCCUGAGCUGACCAAUUUCAACAACACUGCUGACUGUCUGGCUGACCUUGAGCCUGAUCCGACUAUUUCUACCAAUGCCGCUGACUUUCAGGCUGCUGUUGCACCAGAGCCAACUAUGUCCACCCACCCUGCUGACUGUCUGCCUGAUGUGGAACCAGAGCCAACUAUGUCCACCCACCCUGCUGACACUCUGGCUGCUCUUGAGCCUGAGCUGACUAAUUCCAACAACACUGCUGACUGUCUGGCUGACCUUGAGCCUGAUCCGACUAUUUCUACCAAUGCCGCUGACUGUCGGGCUGCUGUUGCACCAGAGCCCGCUAUGUCCACCAACCCUGCUGACAGUAUGGCAGCUGUUGAGCCUGAGCCGACUAUGUCCACCCACCCUGCUGACAUUCUGACUGCUGACGAGCCUGAACAUAAUACUUCUACCAAAGCUGCUGACUGUCGGGCUGACCUUGAGCCUGAGCCAAACAUGUCCACCCACCCUGCUGACAGUCUGCCUGAUGUGGAACCAGAGCCAACUAUGUCCACCCACCCUGCUGACACUCUGGCUGCUCUUGAGCCUGAGCUGACCAAUUUCAACAACACUGCUGACUGUCUGGCUGACCUUGAGCCUGAUCCGACUAUUUCUACCAAUGCCGCUGACUUUCAGGCUGCUGUUGCACCAGAGCCAACUAUGUCCACCCACCCUGCUGACUGUCUGCCUGAUGUGGAACCAGAGCCAACUAUGUCCACCCACCCUGCUGACACUCUGGCUGCUCUUGAGCCUGAGCUGACUAAUUCCAACAACACUGCUGACUGUCUGGCUGACCUUGAGCCUGAUCCGACGAUUUCUACCAAUGCCGCUGACUUUCAGGCUGCUGUUGCACCAGAGCCUGCUAUGUCCACCUACCCUGCUGACUGUCUUCCAGAUGUGGAACCAGAGCCAACUAUGUCCACCCACCCUGCUGACACUCUGGCUGCUCUUGAGCCUGAGCUGACUAAUUCCAACAACACUGCUGACUGUCUGGCUGACCUUGAGCCUGAUCCGACGAUUUCUACCAAUGCCGCUGACUUUCAGGCUGCUGUUGCACCAGAGCCUGCUAUGUCCACCAACCCUGCUGACAGUAUGGCAGCUGUUGAGCCUGAGCCGACUAUGUCCACCCACCCUGCUGACAUUCUGACUGCUGAUGAGCCUGAACAUAAUAAUUCUACCAAAGCUGCUGACUGUCUGGCUGACCUUGAGCCUGAGCCAAACAUGUCCACCCACCCUGCUGACAGUCUGCCUGAUGUGGAACCAGAGCCAACUAUGUCCACCCACCCUGCUGACACUCUGGCUGCUCUUGAGCCUGAGCUGACCAAUUUCAACAACACUGCUGACUGUCUGGCUGACCUUGAGCCUGAUCCGACUAUUUCUACCAAUGCCGCUGACUUUCAGGCUGCUGUUGCACCAGAGCCAACUAUGUCCACCCACCCUGCUGACUGUCUGCCUGAUGUGGAACCAGAGCCAACUAUGUCCACCCACCCUGCUGACACUCUGGCUGCUCUUGAGCCUGAGCUGACUAAUUCCAACAACACUGCUGACUGUCUGGCUGACCUUGAGCCUGAUCCGACUAUUUCUACCAAUGCCGCUGACUGUCGGGCUGCUGUUGCACCAGAGCCCGCUAUGUCCACCAACCCUGCUGACAGUAUGGCAGCUGUUGAGCCUGAGCCGACUAUGUCCACCCACCCUGCUGACAUUCUGACUGCUGACGAGCCUGAACAUAAUACUUCUACCAAAGCUGCUGACUGUCGGGCUGACCUUGAGCCUGAGCCAAACAUGUCCACCCACCCUGCUGACAGUCUGCCUGAUGUGGAACCAGAGCCAACUAUGUCCACCCACCCUGCUGACACUCUGGCUGCUCUUGAGCCUGAGCUGACCAAUUUCAACAACACUGCUGACUGUCUGGCUGACCUUGAGCCUGAUCCGACUAUUUCUACCAAUGCCGCUGACUUUCAGGCUGCUGUUGCACCAGAGCCAACUAUGUCCACCUACCCUGCUGACUGUCUGCCAGAUGUGGAACCAGAGCCAACUAUGUCCACCCACCCUGCUGACACUCUGGCUGCUCUUGAGCCUGAGCUGACUAAUUCCAACAACACUGCUGACUGUCUGGCUGACCUUGAGCCUGAUCCGACGAUUUCUACCAAUGCCGCUGACUUUCAGGCUGCUGUUGCACCAGAGCCUGCUAUGUCCACCUACCCUGCUGACGGUCUGCCAGAUGUGGAACCAGAGCCAACUAUGUCCACCCACCCUGCUGACACUCUGGCUGCUCUUGAGCCUGAGCUGACUAAUUCCAACAACACUGCUGACUGUCUGGCUGACCUUGAGCCUGAUCCGACGAUUUCUACCAAUGCCGCUGACUUUCAGGCUGCUGUUGCACCAGAGCCUGCUAUGUCCACCAACCCUGCUGACAGUAUGGCAGCUGUUGAGCCUGAGCCGACUAUGUCCACCCACCCUGCUGACAUUCUGACUGCUGAUGAGCCUGAACAUAAUAAUUCUACCAAAGCUGCUGACUGUCUGGCUGACCUUGAGCCUGAGCCAAACAUGUCCACCCACCCUGCUGACAGUCUGCCUGAUGUGGAACCAGAGCCAACUAUGUCCACUCACCCUGCUGACACUCUGGCUGCUCUUGAGCCUGAGCUGACCAAUUUCAACAACACUGCUGACUGUCUGGCUGACCUUGAGCCUGAUCCGACUAUUUCUACCAAUGCCGCUGACUUUCAGGCUGCUGUUGCACCAGAGCCAACUAUGUCCACCCACCCUGCUGACUGUCUGCCUGAUGUGGAACCAGAGCCAACUAUGUCCACCCACCCUGCUGACACUCUGGCUGCUCUUGAGCCUGAGCUGACUAAUUCCAACAACACUGCUGACUGUCUGGCUGACCUUGAGCCUGAUCCGACGAUUUCUACCAAUGCCGCUGACUUUCAGGCUGCUGUUGCACCAGAGCCUGCUAUGUCCAACUACCCUGCUGACUGUCUGCCAGAUGUGGAACCAGAGCCAACUAUGUCCACCCACCCUGCUGACACUCUGGCUGCUCUUGAGCCUGAGCUGACUAAUUCCAACAACACUGCUGACUGUCUGGCUGACCUUGAGCCUGAUCCGACGAUUUCUACCAAUGCCGCUGACUUUCAGGCUGCUGUUGCACCAGAGCCUGCUAUGUCCACCAACCCUGCUGACAGUAUGGCAGCUGUUGAGCCUGAGCCGACUAUGUCCACCCACCCUGCUGACAUUCUGACUGCUGAUGAGCCUGAACAUAAUAAUUCUACCAAAGCUGCUGACUGUCUGGCUGACCUUGAGCCUGAGCCAAACAUGUCCACCCACCCUGCUGACAGUCUGCCUGAUGUGGAACCAGAGCCAACUAUGUCCACCCACCCUGCUGACACUCUGGCUGCUCUUGAGCCUGAGCUGACCAAUUUCAACAACACUGCUGACUGUCUGGCUGACCUUGAGCCUGAUCCGACUAUUUCUACCAAUGCCGCUGACUUUCAGACUGCUGUUGCACCAGAGCCAACUAUGUCCACCCACCCUGCUGACUGUCUGCCUGAUGUGGAACCAGAGCCAACUAUGUCCACCCACCCUGCUGACACUCUGGCUGCUCUUGAGCCUGAGCUGACUAAUUCCAACAACACUGCUGACUGUCUGGCUGACCUUGAGCCUGAUCCGACUAUUUCUACCAAUGCCGCUGACUGUCGGGCUGCUGUUGCACCAGAGCCCGCUAUGUCCACCAACCCUGCUGACAGUAUGGCAGCUGUUGAGCCUGAGCCGACUAUGUCCACCCACCCUGCUGACAUUCUGACUGCUGACGAGCCUGAACAUAAUACUUCUACCAAAGCUGCUGACUGUCGGGCUGACCUUGAGCCUGAGCCAAACAUGUCCACCCACCCUGCUGACAGUCUGCCUGAUGUGGAACCAGAGCCAACUAUGUCCACCCACCCUGCUGACACUCUGGCUGCUCUUGAGCCUGAGCUGACCAAUUUCAACAACACUGCUGACUGUCUGGCUGACCUUGAGCCUGAUCCGACUAUUUCUACCAAUGCCGCUGACUUUCAGGCUGCUGUUGCACCAGAGCCAACUAUGUCCACCUACCCUGCUGACUGUCUGCCAGAUGUGGAACCAGAGCCAACUAUGUCCACCCACCCUGCUGACACUCUGGCUGCUCUUGAGCCUGAGCUGACUAAUUUCAACAACACUGCUGACUGUCUGGCUGACCUUGAGCCUGAUCCGACUAUUUCUACCAAUGCCGCUGACUGUCGGGCUGCUGUUGCACCAGAGCCCGCUAUGUCCACCAACCCUGCUGACAGUAUGGCAGCUGUUGAGCCUGAGCCGACUAUGUCCACCCACCCUGCUGACAUUCUGACUGCUGACGAGCCUGCACAUAAUACUUCUACCAAAGGUGCUGACUGUCUGGCUGACCUUGAGCCUGAGCCAAACAUGUCCACCCACCCUGCUGACAGUCUGCCUGAUGUGGAACCAGAGCCAACUAUGUCCAAUCACCCUGCUGACACACUGGCUGCUCUUGAGCCUGAGUCGACUAAAUCCUCCAAUGCUGCUGACUGUCUGGCCUAUGUUGAGCCAGAGCCAGCUAUGUCCACCCACCAUGCCGACAGUGUGGCUGCUCUUGAGCAUGAGCUGUCUCAUGCCAACAAAGAUGCUGACUGUCUGGCUUCUCUCAAGGCUGAGCUGAUUAAUUCCACCAAUGCUACUGAUUGUCUGGCUUCUGUUGGGACUGAGACAACCAUGUCCACCCAGCCUACUGACAAUUUGGCAGCUGUUGAGCCUGAACAUAAUUCCACCAAUACUGCUGACGGUAAGGACUCUGUUGAACAAGAGCCAUCUAAGCCCACCUACCGUGCCGACAGCCUGGCUGCUCUUGAGCAUGAGCUGACUAAUUCCAACAACACUGCUGACUGUCUGGCUUCUCAGAAGGCUGAGUCAAUUGAUUCUACCAAUGCUACUGAUUGUUUGGCUUCUGUUGGGACUGAGACAACUAUGUCCACCCACCCUGCUGACAAUAUGGCUAUGGAUGAGCUUGAGCCUACACAUUCCACCAAUGCUGCUUACUUUCUGGCCGCUCUUGAGCCCCAGUCGACUAAUUCCUCCAAUACUGCUGAUAUUCUGGCUUCUGUUGGGUCUGAGACAACCAUGUCUACCCACCUUGCUGAUAUUCCUAUUGCUCAUGAGCCUGACUAUAAUGAUUCUACCAAUGCUGCUGACAGUCUGGACUCCGUUGAGCCAGAGCCAGCUAUGUCCACCCACCAUGCCGACAGUCUGGCUGCUCUUGAGCAUGAGCUGUCUCAUGCCAACAAAGCUGCUGACUGUCUGGCUUCUCUCAAGGCUGAGCCAACCAUGUCCACCCAGCCUGCUGACAGUUCGGCAGCUGUUGAGCCUGAGCCUACAAUUUCCACCAGAGCUGCUGAUUUUCUGGCUACUGUUCUGCCAGAGCUAACUAGGUCAAACCACCCUGCUGACUGUCUGGACUCUGUUCAGCCUGAGUCAUCUAUGUCCACACACCCUGCUGAUAAUAUGGCUACUGAUGAGCUUGAGCCUACAAAUUCGACCAACGCUGCUUACUGUCUGGCUGCUCUUGAGCCUAAGUCGACUAAAUCCUCCAAUGCUGCUGACUGUCUGGCCUAUGUUGAGCCAGAGCCAGGUAUGUCCACCCACCGUGCCGACAGUCUGGCUGCUCUUGAGCAUGAGCUGUCUCAUGUCAACAAAGAUGCUGACUGUCUGGCUUCUCUCAAGGCUGAGCUGAUUAAUUCCAUCAAUGCUACUGAUUGUCUGGCUUCUGUUGGGUCUGAGACAACCAUGUCCACCCAGCCUACUGACAGUUUGGCAGCUGUUGAGCCUGAACAUAAUUCCACCAAUGCUGCUGACGGUCUGGACUCUGUUGAACAAGAGCCAGCUAAGCCCACCCACCGUGCCGACAGUCUGGCUGCUCUUGAGCAUGAGCUGACUAAUUCCAACAACACUGCUGACUGUCUGGCUUCUCAGAAGGCUGAGUCAAUUGAUUCUACCAAUGCUUCUGAUUGUUUGGCUUCUGUUGGGACUGAGACAACUAUGUCCACCCACCCUGCUGACAAUAUGGCUACUGAUGAGCUUGAGCCUACACAUUCCACCAAUGCUGCUUACUGUCUGGCUGCUCUUGAGCCUGAGUCGACUAAAUCCUCCAGUGCUGCUGACUGCCUGGCCUAUGUUGAGCCAGAGCCAGCUAUGUCCACCCACCGUGCCGACAGUCUGGCUGCUCUUGAGCAUGAGCUGUCUCAUGCCAACAAAGAUGCUGGCUGUCUGGCUUCUCUCAAGGCUGAGCUGAUUAAUUCCACCAAUGCUACUGAUUGUCUGGCUUCUGUUGGGACUGAGACAACCAUGUCCACCCAGCCUGCUGACAGUUUGGCAGCUGUUGAGCCUGAACAUAAUAAUUCUACCAAUGCUGCUGACGGUCUGGACUCUAUUGAACAAGAGCCAGCUAUGCCCACCCCCCGUUCCGACAGUCUGGCUGCUCUUGAGCAUGAGCUGUCUCAUGCCAAUAAAGCUGCUGACUGUCUGGCUUCUCUCAAGGCUGAGCCAACCAUGUCCACCCAGCCUGCUGACACUUUGGCAUCUGUUGAGCCUGAGCCUACUUUUUCCACCAAAGCUGCUGAUUGUCUGGCUACUGUUCAGCCUGAGCUAACUAGGUCAAACCACCCUGCUGACUGUCUGGAUUCUGUUCAGCCUGAGUCAUCUAUGUCCCCACACCCUGCUGACAGUUUGGUAGCUAUUGAGCCUGAACUGACUAAUUCCACCAAAGCUGCUGACUGUCUGGACUCUGCUGAGCCAGAGCCAACUAUGGCCACCCACCAUGCUGACAUUCUGACUGCUGUUGAGCCUGAACAUACUAAUUGCUCCAGUACUGCUGACUGUCUGCCUGCUGUUCAGCCUGAGUCCAGUAUGUCCACCCACCCUGCUGACAGUAUGGCUGCUAUUGAUGCUGAGCCUACAGAUCCUGCCAUUGUUGCUGACUGUCUGGCUGCUCUUGAACCUCGGCUGUCUGUUACAUGUGCUGCUGACAGUAGUGUGUUAGUUGAGAGUCAUGACUCAGGACCAGCUAGUCACAUUGGAUUGGAUUAUGUAGUUGAUUUACCUCUUUACAAGGAGAGUACAAGGUACAAACCCCAUGCUGACCCAGAGCCCACUCCUGGUUCCUGCACUUGUUAUUCCCUUGACUCCAUUCAAAUGACUAACCUGACUCUUUUGAUAUCCCUUAGUGAAGAAGAAAUAUUUGAUUCUGCUACUUCAGAUGAGGAAUCUUCUUUUACUCCUGACGUAGAAGAAGGUCUGCCUGCUACUCAGGGUGCUGAGGAUAUUUUUCAUGCUUCCGCACGAGCUGAACCAAUAAACCACAGCUUGAUCCUUCUCAGGGAGAGUGGAUAUCUUCGGGCAACAGAGAUACCACGCAUACCUUUUUUGCUCUUCAUAUGGCUUAUAUCCUCACUCUUAUCCAUCAUAACAUGGAUGAAAAUCCAAAUUCAACAAGCAUGGCAUGAAGAAAAUGGCCAAGGAGCUCCCACUAAGAAGAGAGUCGGACCAGGUAAGUUAAACUAAAAUAGUAGCUUAAAAUAGAUUAAGAUUGUUUUACUAGAAACCUAGGUCUCUUUUGUUAAUAAAUUUCAUACUUCUAUAGGGCUAUUUACGCAUAACCUAGAACCUGAAAACUUUAUUUUUUCUCAAUUUAUAGAAAAUAAUUUUCAUAAUGUAACAAAUCCAGUUUAGAGAAAUACAACUGACCAGGUAAUAUUUUUUCCUACUUGGAUGUUUCCUAUUCUAGAAUGAGGAGAUUAUUGUCACUUCCAGUGAAAACAUGUGUUUCCUGAAUGACUAAGCCGGGAAAACUUCCUGUUAAAUGUUAUUGUCUAUUUAUCGCUGUCAUUCUGAACUCUGACUUCUGAAGUUAGCAUAGCCUUUGACCGCAACAUUCCAAAAGAAGCAACUUCUGAGAUUAAAAAUAACAAGAGAAGCAUCCACCUUCUCACUGUUUCUCUCUACAUUGAUAUGUCUACAUUGAUAUCUACAUGAUAAUGACACUGAUGUUGUUGAUGCUGGGCAUGACAAUAUCACCAGAGAUGUGCAUGAUGAUACUGUUAAUAAUUCUUCUUUUUCUUCUAGUGGCUGCGGCUCCUGAUCCCUAGACCCUUGAUGCUCCUCCAGGAUCGAUUGGAAUAUCAAAACACAGUCUGUGUGGGAGAAUUGAUCAUAUAUAUAAAUUUUAAAAUAAAAUGUUCAGUCUGAUUGUAGACUGAAGUAA